GGACUUCUUUAUUGAGUCCGGGUGAAAAUCCAGCUGAUGGGGCUCUAGCGGCCAACUGCGCAGAAUACUGUAAACUGUAAUCUACUUUUAAUUGGAGCCCUUGUGAGACUUCUGAAGCAAUGACGGCAGGACACCCAGCCAUUGGACGCGGAACUCAAAUUCAGAGUUUACUAAAAAGCUGAAAAAGGGACCAAGUUUGAAGUAACUCCAAAACAAUGCGCAUGCGUCUCUGGGAGGGCCUCGAGGGUUUCCAUGAAGCUAGCCAAUCAUUCUCAACGCAAACUCAGGGGCGGCAUUUUCAACUGGAUAAACUAACCUCAGCCCCGCCUCUGGUUCCACUGUUCUGGGUGAAGGUAAACCGAUGGGGGUGAAACUGUGGCGGUUGAGCUGCUGCAGCUGCUGGCAUUUGAGAAAAACUUUUGGUGGUUGUCGGCCUCAUGAGCGGACGGCAAAGAACGCUUUUCCAGACGUGGGGCUCGAGUAUCUCCCGAUCCGCUGGGGCUCCAGGUUGCAGCUCUGGAAAUGAGCGGCCUCAGAACCCCAGCGUCUCUAAGGCGCGAUUUCCUGCUGCGGCAGAAGCCGCGGUGGCACAGCAGGAGUCAGAUGAUGAUGAUGUGCUGCUUGUCGCAAUGUACGAGGCAGAGCGGCAGCUGAGUCUAGAGAACAGCGGGUUCUGCACCUCUGCGGGAGCCCUGUGGAUUUACCCUACUAAUUGCCCAGUGCGGGACUACCAGCUUCACAUCGCCCGGGCCGCUCUGUUCUGUAACACGCUAGUGUGUUUGCCCACCGGGCUGGGAAAGACCUUUAUUGCCGCCGUGGUCAUGUACAAUUUCUACCGCUGGUUCCCUUCUGGCAAGGUGGUUUUCAUGGCCCCCACGAAACCGUUGGUGACACAGCAGAUCGAGGCUUGCUACCGGGUGAUGGGGAUCCCGCAAUUCCACAUGGCGGAAAUGACAGGAUCUACCCACGCAGUCACCAGGAAGGAAAUAUGGAGCAAUAAGAGAGUCCUUUUCCUUACACCUCAAGUCAUGGUCAAUGACCUUUCUAGAGGAGCUUGUCCUGCUGCUGAAAUAAAGUGUCUAGUUAUUGAUGAAGCUCAUAAAGCUCUUGGAAACUAUGCUUAUUGCCAGGUUGUAAGAGAACUAGUCAAAUAUACCAAUCACUUUAGAAUCUUGGCUCUUAGUGCCACACCAGGUAGUGAUAUAAAGGCUGUGCAGCAGGUUAUUACUAACCUACUAAUUGGGCAGAUAGAACUUCGUUCUGAAGAUUCUCCAGAUAUUUUGCCAUACUCUCAUGAAAGACAAGUUGAAAAGCUUGUUGUUCCCCUUGGUGAAGAACUCACAGCUAUCCAAAAGGCGUAUGUUCAGAUUUUGGAAGCAUUUGCCAGUUCUUUGAUUCAAAGGAAUCUUUUGAUGAGAAGGGAUAUCCCCAAUCUAACAAAAUACCAGAUAAUUCUAGCAAGAGAUCAAUUUAGGAAAAAUCCAUCUCCAAACAUUGUGGGAGUACAACAAGGCAUAAUCGAGGGAGAGUUUGCUGUUUGUAUUAGUUUAUAUCAUGGUUAUGAAUUAUUGCAGCAAAUGGGAAUGAGAUCAUUAUAUUUCUUCCUUUGUGGAAUUAUGGAUGGAACUAAAGGAAUGACUCGAGCAAAAAAUGAACUUAGGCGAAAUGAGGACUUCAUGAAACUCUAUAAUCAUCUAGAGUGUAUGUUUGCACAUACACGUAGUACUUCAGCAAGUAGCAUUUCUACUAUCCAAAAAGGAGAUAAAGACUUUUUCUAUAGUCACCCAAAAUUAAAGAAAUUAGAAGAAAUUGUAGUUGAACACUUCAAGUCAUGGAAUGCUCAAAACACAUCUGAAAAGAAAUGUGACAAAACCAGAGUUAUGAUCUUCUCUUCAUUUCGAGAUAGUGUUCAAGAAAUUGCAGAAAUGCUUUUACAGCACCAGCCAAUUAUUAGAGUAAUGACUUUUGUUGGCCAUGCCUCAGGGAAGAGCAUGAAAGGUUUUACCCAGAAGGAGCAACUGGAGGUGGUGAAACAAUUUCGUAGUGGUGGUUACAAUACAUUGGUUUCUACUUGUGUUGGUGAAGAAGGUUUGGAUAUAGGAGAAGUCGAUCUUAUAAUAUGUUUUGAUGCCCAGAAGAGCCCAAUUCGUCUUAUACAACGGAUGGGUAGAACUGGCCGAAAACGUCAAGGCAGGAUUGUUGUUAUCCUUGCUGAAGGACGAGAAGAACGUACUUAUAAUCAAAGUCAAUCCAACAAAAGAAAUAUUUACAGAGCUAUUUCAGGUAACAAGCAGGCACUUCAUUUUUACCAGCGAAGUCCACGAAUGGUUCCUGAUGGAAUCAAUCCAGAAUUACAUAAAAUGUCCAUUAUAAAUGGUGUCUAUCAACCAGAGAAGCCUUCUCGAAACUUGAAGCAAAAGUCAUCUAUCUUUUCCUAUAGGAAUGGAAUGAGGCAAAGUAAUUCCAAGGAAGAUUGGUUCUUAUCAGAAGAAGAAUUUAAAUUAUGGAACAAACUGUAUAGAUUAAAAGACAGUGAUUUAAUUAAGGAAAUAACAUUGCCUCAAGUUCAGUUUCUAUCUUUACAAAAUGAGGAAAACAAAUCAAUUCAAGAACCAACCAUUGGAAUUCAUCAACUCUCUCUUUCUGAAUGGAGACUGUGGCAGGAUCAUCCUUUUCCUACAUAUCAAGUUGAUCAUUCAGAUCGAUGCCACCAUUUUAUAAGCAUUAUGCAAAUGAUAGAAGGAAUGAGACAUGAAGAGGGAGAAUGCAGCUAUGAAUUGGAAAUUAAAUCUUACUUACAAAUGGAAGAUGUUCACUUGACAUUUAGUGAUUCUAGGAGCAAAUACAAUCAUCUUGCAAAUGGCACCUUUACUAGUAACAAGAAAUCUUCAUUUACAAAGAAUACAAAUCAAGGCAGUUCACUCUCAGUGACAGAAUCUGAUGAAGAAUGUGCUGAAAUUUUUAAACAAACUCAUAUCAAACCUACUAAAAUUGUUUCUCUAAAGAAAAAAUCUUCUAAAGAACCGAAGAAAAAUCAGCCUAAAAAAGAAAACAAUGAUAUUGUCAUGGAUUCUUUAGAUACCGAUGGCAAUUCUACUGUUGAAAAUAUUUUUCGGGUAGACCUGAAUGAUAAAAGGGCUUCAGAUACAGAUGAAGUUGCUGCCAUAUGUACUGUCAAUGAAAAUGUUAAUCAGCCAUGUGGAUUAUUAACAGAAUAUCAGUUUACAAAUAAAUCUGCUAGUUCAUUUGCUGGAAAUUUUUUAGAUUCUGGUUAUAACAGUUUCAGUGAUGAGAAGUCUGUUUUAUCUAGCUUAUUUCUUCCAUUUGAGGAAGAGCUUUGUAGAGCUAGAACAGAUGACCAAUUUUAUUGUCAUUCAUUAACAAAAGAGGUUCUCACUAAUGUAGAGAGAUUUUUAUCUCAUUCUCCUCCACCUCUCAGUGGACUCUCAAAUUUGGAAUUUGACAUUGCUAAGGGUUCUGCUCUUGAAAAUUUGCUUUACCUACCCUACACAGAGUAUUUACAAAAUGAUAAAACUACCUGUUUGAUACCACAUUCAGCUAUAAAUUCUCAACAGAAUUUAGAAUUGAAUUCAAUUAAAUUUAUUAAUCAUCCUGAAAAAAGUUGCCUUUAUAGUAAAACUAAUGAUAAGAUUUCUGAUGAACCAAGCUUCUGUGACUAUGAUGAUAAAGUAUGUAAAGAUACUAAAAAUGAAAAGUUAGUAUCCAACAAUCAUACUCAAAUAAACAUAGGCCCUCCAAAGUAUUUUGUUGAAAACAAUCGCAGUGUUGAUAACAAUGGCCUCCCAACAUUGCUCACUGAUCAGGAUGAAAGUUUACUACUAUUUGAAGAUGAUGUAAGCCUUUCUCCCUCAAAUAGUAAAUGCAAAUCCUUAUGUCUGUCAGACAAAAUUGGUAUAAGUGAGAUGACACUGGUCUCUCAAUUCUUAAUUUCUGAUGAACUUUUGUUAGACAAUAAUUCUGAACCCCAAGAUCAAAUUAUCUGUGAUACUAAUUAUUGGAAAUCUCAUGGAGAUUUGACAGGCGUAGGUGAGGAAAAACUGAAGAAUGAUGAAUAUGUUUUUGACUGCUCUAAGGACUUAUUUUCUGUUACCUUUGAUUUAGGAUUUUGUAGUCCAGAUUCUGAUGAUGAAAUAGUGGAACAUGCAUCAGCUACAAAUAAGAAUAAAUUUUUAGAUGACCCAUCUGAAAGGUGUUUUGUUAUUAAGGAGAUAAGUGAUGCAAAUUAUGUUUCAAAUCAAUCAGUAAUACCAGGAGAUCAUGCUGAUAGUUCUACAAGUAAAACCAUUAUUAUCCCAUCCAGUGAAGAUAAACAGAGUUCUACUUCUGCACAUUUUCCAUUGAGUACAGCAAAAAAUAAGCAAUUUAUGUCUCCUGGAUAUACUCAGUUCUUUUUGCCAGUAGGAGAAAAAGUUAUGAGUACACCACUUUGUGAAUCAAACACAUUGAACUCAUUUUCUAAAAAGAGAAAGGAAAUGCCUAGGACGCCAGAUUCUAAUAAGGGAAAAGUAAAUCUACAAAGUUUCAAAGAAACAUUGAAUUCAACUUUUGAUGAUUCAGGACUUUCUAUAGAAAAAGCUAAAGGCAAGGAACAAAUCAGUCUGCAGCAAUCCUGUCAUUCUGAAGGUGAACAGUUAACAAGCAAUGAAAGUGAAGAUGAUGAGAUUUUCCAAAGAAAGAGUAAAAAAAAAAAAGGAAAUGUUUUAGAAUCCCCUGAGGAUCAGAAAAAUAGUGAAGUUGAUUCUCCUCUUCAUGCUGUAAAAAAGCGCAGGGUUCCUCUAAACAAAUUAGAGUUAUCAUCUAGUGAUGAGAGUGAGAAUUUUCACCAACAACAUCCACAGUUAGAAGACUUCAAGAGUCAGAACAGGAACAUCAAAAGAGGCAUCAAAGUCCAAAACAGACAGAGUCACCUAAAGUUUGUAGCUAGGAAGUUUUUAGAUAAUGAAGCAGAGCUUACCCAAGAAGAUGCAGAAUAUGUUUCAUCAGAUGAAAAUGAUGAGUCAGAAAAUGAAAAAGAUUCCUCAUUGCUUGACUUCUUAAAUGAUGAGACUCAACUUUCACAGGCCAUAGAUGAUUCUGAAAUGAGAGCUAUUUACAUGAAAUCUUUGCGCAGUCCACUGAUGAACAGUCGGUACAAAAUGAUCCAUAAGAAACAUAACAUAAACAUUUUCUCACAGAUUCCUGAGCAAGAUGAAUCCUAUCUAGAAGACAGUUUUUGUGUUGAUGAAGAGGAAUCUUGUGAAAGCCAAUCAAGUCAAGAAGUGUGUGUUGAUUUUAAUUUAAUAAAUGAAGAUUGCUUUGCAGAUGGGAGUAAAAAAUAUAAAACCCGACGUGCAGUAAAGCUAAGACAAGUGGAGAUGAGACAAAAUUGUGCACAUUCAAAAAAGAAAUUAUCCAGAAUUAUUUUACCAGAUGAUUCAAGUGAGGAGGAGAACAAUGUAAAUGAUAAAAGAGAAUCCAAUACAGUGGGUAACCAAAGCAUGGUUAAAAAGAGCAAACAACAGGACCAUUGUUUGAAUUUAGUGCCUUCUGGAUCUUCCUUGCAGUCCAAGGACCAUUCUAAUCCAAUUGUUAAUCUAUUGCCAAAGGAGAGACAACAGACAGCACUUAAUUUAAAGGAUACAGUUUCUGAUGUCUGGGACUUCAAACCUCAGAGCAAUAAUAAUAUUGAACGUACCUCAACAUCGUUCACUACUGUUGAGUCAAAGAAAGACUUUCCAAUUCAGUUAAAGGUUGGUAGUACUUCGGAGGAUUCUAGCACUUCAGUAGCAUCCUCUUCCAAUCCAAGACCAAGUUUGGCUGGCACACAUGGUGCUCUUAGACAUCCACGGGAAAACCAGAGAACUUGUAUUCUUGUAGAUAGUCGUGAAAUCACUUCUGGUUCAGAAAUAAUUUCUUCACUAAGAGCAAUUCAUGGCUUUCAAGUAGAGGUCUGUCCUCUUAAUGGUUGUGAUUACAUUGUGAGUAACCGCAUGGUGGUAGAAAGAAGGUCUCAGUCUGAAAUGUUAAAUAAUAUUAAUAAGAACAAGUUCAUUGACCAGAUCCAGUACCUGCAGAGCAUGUUUGAAAGAGUAUGUGUGAUUGUGGAAAAAGACAGAGAAAAAACAGGAGACACAUCCAGGAUGUUUAGGAGAACAAAGUGCUAUGACAACCUGCUGACUACCUUAAUUGGUGCUGGAAUCCGAAUUCUUUUCAGUUCCUGCCAAGAAGAAACUGCAGAUUUGCUAAAGGAACUGUCUUUAGUGGAACAAAGAAAGAAUGUUGGUAUUCAUGUUCCAACAGUGGUGAACAGUAAUAAAUGUGAGGCACUUCAAUUUUAUCUAACUAUUCCCAAUGUAAGUUAUAUAACUGCACUAAAUAUGUGUCACCAGUUUUCAUCUGUGAAGAAGAUGACAAACAGUUCACCUCAAGAAAUCUCCAUGUGUGCACAAAUAACUCGUCAAAAGGCUGAGGAGAUCUAUAGAUAUAUUCACUAUAUAUUUGACAUUCAAAUGUUACCAAAUGGUCUUAACCAAGGUAGACUGAAAUCUGACGUAUGAUCAGACUGCUCAAGAGAGAACAGGAGAUUAAGGUCUUGCUACUUCUCAGUAUGGUCCCAUGGAUCAGCAGCAGGGGCAUCACCUGGAGGCUGUUAGAAAGGCAGAAUCUCAAAUCUACUGGGUCAGAAUCUAAGGUUUAAGAAGAUUCUCUAGGUGACUUUCAUGCAAACUGAAGUUUGAGAAACGCUUGUCAAGGCAACCCAGCUUCUUACUGGCAAAAAGAGGAAUAGAAGACUUCUUAUUAUAUUAAGAUGAUUUCUGGUCCUUUGCUACAAACCAAAAUUUUAUUUUCAUCAGGAAUGUGGGACUGGACAAAAGGAAUCUAAGAAACAGAGGAAGUUUGCCUUCAUCUUCAAUUAUGGAGUAGAGAUAUCUUUUGAAGAAUUUAGUCUCCAGGCUGAAUUUAAAUCAAAGUCCCCAGAGGUAGCUACCAUUUGCUGUGGACACAUGAAGCCCAUAAAGAUUGGAUAUGAUUAUAUAAUCCUGAGAGGGAUUAUACUGUAGCUUGUGUGUAAUAUAAAUAUUUCAUAGGCAAGGAAGAGAUGACCAUAAUCUGGUCAGAAGGAAUAUACCUUCAGGGAAUAAGGUAGUCAGUCCCCCAUUCCACUACCCCCACAAAUUACCAUUCUGUAAAAUUAGCUAUUUACUUUGAGGAAAUCUGAGGUGAAUCAGCUUUUCCAGAAUACUUGUACUUUUAUCUGGUUAUAAGUUAUCCAAAAUUCAAGAAGAUAAAGGAUUCUCCUAGAAUCUUUUAUCAAAGGAGAUAUCAAAGUUAAAGUUGUUUUGUGUAAUUACAUUUUAAAUAUAUAUAUAUGAAAUUAAGUAGCUGAAUCUGAACAUUUGAAAUCAUUGUGAAGCUGCAUGGGAUUUGAUGAUUUCUUAUUCUAUUACAAUAACUCAAUUAAUCUGAAUUAUUCCCCAAUCAUUGAACAGAUACGCUUUUGUGUCUUACCUGAAAUGUCCUUCCCUGAACUAUAAGUAUUUUUCCCACCCUACCUGACUUUCUGAAUGAAAAUUUUUUACCAUUCUCACUUUCUUCAAAUGCUUUAGUCUGUCAACUGCCAUCUGUAAUCCUACAGCAUUUACAUACUUACCUCACUCAUGGCCCCAUAUUAUUAUUUACUUGUAUUAGGCUGUAAGUACCUUGAGAGUAAGGACUGUGACAUAAUUUAUAACUCUCAUAAUUUAUUGUUGUCCAGUAUACCCUGAAUAAAUCUGGUGUGAAGAAUAAACAUA